AUGAUGGAGGAGAUGGAGCCGCCCAUGGCAAAAGAGAAGUCUGAUGAUAAAGAAGCCCUAGUAUUCAAAAUCGGAGCUCAGGCGGACUUAGAAGAAACUACGACGGUGGAUAAUGCUGAUGGUGGCUUUAAAAGCGCGCGCGCAGGGGGGGGGGGUUGGAGAAGCUUCACCAUUAUUGGCCAUCCGAAACCAUGUUUCGACGUAAAUGGUCAAGAAAAGGAAGUGGUUAGCAAUAACAUAUCUUCUGCGGAUCAUGGAAAGAAAGCAACAAGAAACGGAACUGUAAAUAGUAUUGUGAUCGACAACAAAGGAAAAGAUAAUGGAGGAGGUGGAUAUGGAUGGGGGUUUGGUUGGGGAUGGGGUGGUGGAGGUGGUGGAGGAGGUGGCGGAGGAGGAGGCGGGGGAAAAGGAAAUCGUGGUGGCGGAGGUGGUGGAGGAGGAGGAGGAGGAGGAGGUGGUGGUGGAUGGUGGAGAUGGGGAUGCAGGAAACACCCAAGAAAGAGAAGUGGCAGCCGUAGUCGUCAUCAUGGUGAGCACAGAGACUUUACUCCAAUCGGGGAAAACUAUUACGUGACCGGGGAAUUUGCAGAGUGCAUGGGAGGAGGGCGGUGCAGAGGGAUGAGAUUGGACUGCCCUCUUCACUGCGCCGGCCCAUGCUUCUACGACUGCACAUAUAUGUGUAUACCUCACUGCCGCAAUCGCCGCCACCACCGGUAA